AUGGCGUUUGGGGCUUUCAUCCGUAGAUAUGCACACAUGAGAAACGUUGUUGCCGUUGAUGGCACGCAUUUGUCCGACAAGUACGAGGGCGUGCUGUUGUUCAUUGUUGCUCAAGAUACACAUGUAAGCAUAGCUAACGGCCUCGCAAGGCAUUAUCCACUUGCACAUCACAAUAUUCGUAUGAGGUAUCUCGAUGAAAAUCUUCGAAUAAAUCACCAUUGUUCUGAUUCUCUCUAUUUGUACUACCAUGCGGCCAAGGCGUACACGUUGAAAGAAUUUAAUGACUACUUCAACGCCCUUAAAGAAAGAUGCCCCAGUGCAGUAGCUUGCCUCGAGCAUGAAGUAGGAUUUGAAAAAUGGAGUCGUGCUCACUUUCCAGGUAAUCGAUUCAACGUCAUGACCUCAAACAUUGCUGAGUCGCUCAACUCAAUAUUUUGUGAUGAAAGAGAGUAUCCAGUGGCGUCCAUUUUCAAUUCAAUUGAACAUAGAUUUAGAGAAAUAUUUAGGAAGAGGUAUGCGGAGGUGGACAAUGCGAAGGUGGACAAUUCAAAGACAACCUUCAUUCCCGUAGCCGAGAUGAUCUUGAGUGAAAACAUGACCGAGGAGGACAAAUUAUAUGUGAACAACAUAAACGGAAACACCGACAAAUUCACCAUGCUUGGCUACGAUCGUUCCGUAAAAUUUAAUCUUUCGAGACGGUCAUGUUCUUACAGAAAGUACGACUUGGUGAAAUUGCCAUGUGCUCAUCCAAUGGAAGCGUUGCGUUUGAAGCACGGCGAUGAAUACUGUACUAGCAUUUACAACUACUCUUCGCAAAUAUAUUCGAAAGAAUCAUACCUCCUUGCAUACUUGGAACCUAUUUGUGCAGCACCACUUGAGUCGGAGUGGAGUGUGGCGCGAGAGUAUCUUGAAAUGCAAGUUCUUCCAGCCGACUUCGAUCCCAAACUCGGACGAAAGAAGGUGAAACGUGUUAAGGGUGUGUUGGAGCCUUCAAGGUACAAGAAAAGAAACAAGUUCUCCAAGUGCAAAAGGCCGGAACAUAAGAAAACAACAUGCAGCCUUAACGUAGGAUAA